AUGUCCGAGUGCCUGCCGUUCGCUGUCCGAGGAGUGACUUCAAUACUGUACUUUAACCCUUCAUGCCUCGAGGUAGGAAUCAGCUGGGCUCCAACCACAACAGCCAUGUAUUUUCUACCGCUACCAGCUCUAGCUCCUAUCAUACUCCUGGGAUACGUGCUCUUCCAUCUGGGCUACAACCUGUUCUUCCACCCACUUCGCGGAUAUCCUGGUCCACUGCUAUGGCGAGCCAGCUCUCUGCCCUGGAAGAUCGCAUUACUCCGCGGUACGAUGCACCAUGACCUAAUGCGUUACCAUCAGAGGUACGGGGAUACUGUCCGGAUUAAACCCGAUGAGAUUAGCUACGCAAAUGCUCAAGCCUGGCGCGACAUCCACGCUCAUGUGCCAGGGCGACCGGAGUUCCUCAAGGACCCCGUACGCCUCCCAUUAGCGCCCAACGGAGUCAUGAGUAUCCUAGUCUCGGACACGCGUAACCAUGCACGGUUCCGUAGUCUAUUCGGCCAUGCAUUCAGCGACAAGGGCCUUCGCACCCAGGAGUCCACCAUAGUGCAAUACGCCGACUUGCUGGUUGAGGUCCUGCGUGAGGUGGCCGACACGGGCCGUUCUGUGGAGAUGGUGUACUACUUCAAUAUGGCCAUCUUUGACUCCAUUGGAGCUCUGUCUUUCGGUGAACCCUUCGACAGUCUGAAGAGCCGGCAGCUGCACCCAUGGGUAGACGCGAUCCACAAGAAUCUCAAGAGUGUGGCCAUUUCACACGUUCUUCGCAGUAUGGGCAUCGAGUUCCUCACACCCUACGUGCUGCCGAAGGAGCUCCGCGGUAAACGCCAGGAAAAUUACAGCUACGCCGUUGAGAAGCUAAACAAGCGUAUGAAGAUGGAAGGUGACCAGGGCGACUUCUGGGACAAAGUUCUAGUCAAGAGUGCCGACGAUAACCAGCGCGGGGAUGGCAUGAGCGCUGGAGAGAUGCUCAAUAACGCUGCCGUCAUGGUCGUCGCAGGGUCUGAGACCACAGCCUCGGCACUCAGCGGCUCAAUGUAUCUGCUGUGUCUGUCGGGCAAGAUCGAAAAAGCCGCCGCGGAGAUCAGGAAGAGUUUUGCCUCCCCGGAGGAGAUUGACCUGAUCUCCGUCUCGCAUCUGCCCUACCUUACUGCCGUCAUCGACGAGACGCUGCGCAUGUAUCCAGCAGUGCCCGGUCAACCCCCACGCGUGGUCCCCGCUGGUGGAGCAACGGUUUGUGGCCAAUUUGUUCCCGAAGAAACUAGAGUGGGUGUCAGCCAUCUCGGCGCGUACUUCGCCGAUUACAACUUUACUCACGCUGAUAAGUUCAUCCCCGAGCGCCAUCUGCAGAAGAUGGAGGAACCGUUCAAGUACGACAACUAUGGCGCCUACCAGCCCUGGUCUGUUGGGCUGCGUAACUGUAUUGGGCGCAAUCUGGCCUACGCAGAAGUUCGUCUGACGCUAGCCAAGCUCCUGUGGCAUUUUGAUUUUACUCUAGACGUUAGCAAGACUGGCAACUUCCUCGAUCAGAAGAUCUGGUCUAUCUGGGCGAAACGAGAGCUUUACAUGUCUAUUAAGUCGAGGGCGCAGGUACUGACGCCAACCUCUCUGGCUGUCUACCGACUCUGGCUUCAUCCUCUAGGAUCGUAUCCAGGGCCUCGAUGGUGGGCAAUCUGGCGUGGCCCCUACAUCCUCAGUAGCAUCCGAGGCAGCCUUGUUCGCGAUCUCCAGCGACUACACCAAGAAUUCGGCACUGUCAUCCGAAUCGCGCCCAAUGAGCUGUCUUUCAUUGCUCCCGAGGCGGCCACUCCUAUCUACACGAGCAAUCCAGAGUUUCCCAAGGAUCCGAUGCAUCUUCCACCCUUCCACAAUGGGACCCCAGGCAUCCUGGCCGCCGACCAUGCCCACCACCGCCGUUAUCGACGGCUGUUGGCCUUUUCAUUUUCUGACAAAGGUUUGCGGCAGCAACGCGGUCUUAUCGAACGAAGUGUUUACCUGCUAAUCACGCGAUUACACGAGAACUGUGGCCAGGGACCUCUGGACCUUACGCUGUGGUUCAACUGGGCCACCUUCGACAUUAUCGGCGACCUCGCUUUUGGCGACUCGUUCGGCUGCCUUGACAACGUCCAGACACAUCCAUGGAUUGCAUCCAUUCAGGGUAAUGUCAAGUUGAUUCCCAUUCUGAAUGGCCUGCGGCGCUACCGACUUGAUGGGCUUCUGCGGCUUCUGGGAUCCCGCAAGCUGUUGGAACAGCGACGCCGGAACGCACAGUUCACGACCGACCAGGUCGACCGUCGCCUUCAGAACUCCACUACCCCUCGAGGCGAUAUUUGGGAUGCGGUACUGGCCCAGAAGCCCGACGGGGAACCGCCCAUGUCGCGGGACGAAAUGAUCAGUAAUGCCAGUGCUAUCGUGCUGGCCGGUAGUGAGACGUCAGCCACCCUGUUAAGUGGAUGCACUUGGCUGUUACUAAAAAACCCGGAACAUCUGCAGCAGCUUACCGCUUGCAUCCGAUCGCAGUUCACUCACGCAUCCGAGAUUGACUCCCAAAGUGUCUCGCGUGUCGAGGGACUGCAAGCAGUCCUGGAGGAAGCGCUGCGUCUGUAUCCACCGGUCCCCAUGCAAAGUAACCGCAUCGUACCACGGACGGGGGCCCAUAUCGCAGGGGGAUGGGUACCCGGGGGGACAUCAGUCGGUCUACAACAGUUUGUCGCCUGUAGGUCAUCUAGUAACUUCCACCGUCCGGACGAGUUCCUCCCUGAGCGUUGGCAAGGCCAAGGCGAAUUUGCCCAUGAUCGCCGCGACGUAUCGCAACCAUUCAGCAUCGGACCGCGGAAUUGCAUUGGGCGACAGCUAGCCUACGCAGAAAUGCGGUUGAUCCUAGUCAAGCUUCUCUGGCAUUUCGACUUACGAUUAGACACUACGCGUAUGAAGGAUACAGACUGGUUGGCAGAGCAGGGCAUUUGGAUUCUGUGGGACAAGAAACCGUUGUGGGUAACGCUUGAACCUCGCAACAAGUAUUAG